GUGUACACCAAGCUGGAGUGUGUGGGGCGCGGCGGCAGCUCCAAGGUGUACAAGGUCAUGGCGCCCAACCGCAAGAUCUUCGCCCUCAAGCGCAUCCGCCUGCAGGGCCGCGACGCCGAGGCUGCCAGCGGGUUCCUGGACGAGAUCAAGCUGCUCAACAGCCUGGCCGGCAAGUCCAACAUCAUCCAGCUCAUAGACUCAGAGGUGUGUAGCUGUGGCCUCAUCUACAUGGUGCUGGAGUUUGGGGACAUCGACCUGGCCCGCCUGCUGCAGGUGCCGGAGGGCAUCGACGAGAACUUCAUCCGUCUCUACUGGGAGCAGAUGCUGCAGGCUGUGGACACCAUCCACCGCGAGCGCAUCGUGCACAGCGACCUCAAGCCCGCCAACUUCCUGGUGGUGGAGGGGCAGCUGAAGCUGAUCGACUUUGGCAUCGCCAAGGCCAUCCAGUCGGACACCACGUCCAUUGCGCGGGAGAGCCAGGUUGGCACCCUCAAUUACAUGUCCCCCGAGGCCAUCCUGGGCGGGCAGAACAACAUCCGGGGUGGGCCGCCCAUGAAGGUGGGGCGCGCCUCCGACAUCUGGUCUCUGGGAUGCAUCCUGUACCAGAUGGUGUACGGCCAGACGCCCUUCAGCCACCUGCCCUUCAUCCAGAAGAUGCACGCCAUCAUCGACCCCGGCCACCGCAUCUCCUUCCCGCCCCUGCGCAACGCGCCGCUGCUGGACGUCAUCCAGCGCUGCCUGGACAGAGACCCCUGCACCCGCAUCGCCAUG